AUGAAACUCCUCCUCCUCACCUGCCUUGUGGCUGCUGCUCUUGCUAUGCCUAGACUUCAUCAUAAAAAUGCAGUUAGCAGUCAAACUCAGCAACAGCACAGCAGCAGUGAGGAAAUUGUUAAACAACCAAAGUAUCUCAGCAUAAAUGAGCAGAGAGCACUUCUGACAGAAGAAGAGAAUAAUGAAAUCAAGGAACAAGCAAUGGCAAGUGCUCAGGAAUCUGAGGAUGCUAUCCCUAGUAUCGCUGAGGAACACCUUCAGAGCAAGAUCAAAUACAACCAACUUCUCAAGACACAUCCCAUGAGUGUAGUGGAUCAGUCCCUCCCACAAUUCUUCCAGUAUGAUGCUUAUCCCCUUUGGACUUACGUUCCACAAGAUGUGCACUACAUUACCCCUGAAGCUGUUCUUACCACUUUCACACCCAUUGUCCCCAAGGAUGCAGAAAAAACCAAUGAAUGGUGGUGA